CGUCAUCUCCGCGCCGGCCCCGCCCUUCGCCUGCCUGACGGGAGCGAGUGAGGGGAGUGAAAUCCUGUCAGGCAGGGCUGGCGCGGAUCGCUCCGGCUCGGCUCGGCCUGCCUUGGCUCGGCCUGCCUUCUCCUCCUCCUCCUCCUCCUCGAGCGGGACGGGCCCAGCGCCGCCAUGGGCACCCGCGACGACGAGUACGACUAUCUCUUCAAAGUGGUGCUGAUUGGAGACUCCGGUGUGGGGAAGAGUAACCUCUUAUCCCGUUUCACACGGAAUGAAUUCAACCUGGAGAGCAAAAGCACCAUUGGAGUGGAGUUUGCCACCAGAAGCAUCCAGGUGGAUGGGAAGACGAUAAAGGCCCAGAUCUGGGAUACGGCAGGCCAGGAGCGCUAUCGUGCCAUCACCUCUGCCUACUACCGUGGUGCCGUCGGGGCCCUUCUGGUUUAUGACAUUGCCAAGCACCUGACCUACGAGAACGUGGAGCGUUGGCUGAAGGAGCUGCGGGAUCACGCAGACAAUAACAUUGUCAUCAUGUUGGUGGGGAACAAGAGCGACCUGCGCCACCUGAGAGCUGUGCCGACGGACGAGGCCCGUGCUUUCGCAGAAAAAAACAAUCUCUCGUUCAUUGAAACUUCAGCACUUGACUCAACAAAUGUAGAAGAAGCCUUCAAGAACAUCCUUACAGAAAUUUAUCGCAUCGUGUCCCAGAAACAGAUCGCAGACCGGUCUGCCCACGACGAGUCUCCGGGAAACAACGUGGUGGACAUCAGCGUGCCUCCCACCACCGACGGACAGAAAUCCAAUAAACUCCAGUGCUGCCAGAACCUGUGACCUCCCUCGGCCGCUGCCCGUCCUCCUCCUCCUCGGUCUGUUCUUCAGCCGGAGACGCGUGCGCAUUUCCUCAGUCCUUGCCCUUUGCUGACCCCCCUUUCCUCCCUUCCGUUUUAGAGCAUUCUCAAAAGAGGGCUAACCUCCCCUUCCCUGUGACUGGUGAUGAAUGUAAUGCUGGGGGGAGGUGGGAGGGGGGCUGUCUUUGAAAUCCCACCACGAGCCAGGAAAUGUUCUCUUGUGUGUGCGUGCUCGCUCGUGUGGGCCUCAUUUAGAAGAACGGAAAGGAUGGGUGCUUGAGGGCAAGAGCGCGUUUUCGUUGUUUUUUUGUCGCCAUUCAGGCUGCUUGGCAGGCACAGAAGAACUCUUAAAUCAAGGAGAAUCCACUCUUUUCUGGCUUCUCAGAAAAGAUCGCCUUGGCGGGCGGUUUUCUGUCCUGUGGGCGUGUACGCUGCACACUCACACCUGGAAACGCAUCGAUGGCUCCGUGACUCGUUCGCCUUCCUCUCUCGGGUCUCAAGUGCAAGUGGCUUUUGGGAGCAUAGCUUUCCUCGUUUUAUUUGCUCUCAGACCAGCCCACUUCUUUCUCUUGGAUCUCUCCCCCUUGCCCCCCCAUCCCUGCUUUCAGUUUGGGACAAUGAAGUCUGUCUGUGCGCAGUGAUCUCGGCCUUCUCCCGAGCCCCCACCGGAGCUGCGCGCACGUCCUGAGAACCAGCUUGGAGAAGUCACUCUGGCAUGACACUAACAAAAUUUAAUAUAUAAAGUACCAGCCGAAGGCUUUCCGGAUCCCCUUUUUUUUACUAUAGGAAUGCUUCCUCAUGUAUCUCCGAGAUUCCAUGCCUGCAUGUCGCUUUCUUCCCCAGGUAGUCCCUCCCCUCCCCUCCUGUUCCCCUCCCCCUCCCCUUCAGAUUGAGUGUGAAGCAAUAUUUUUCAUGCCAUGUACAUAACUUGCACUGGUAAGAUUGUUCAAGGGAAUAGUUUUAGAGAAUCAGAUACUUGAUAGCUCCUUUUCUUCUGUUUUGUAACAGUUUGAGCAUCUUGGAGUUUGUAUUAUCUCCUUUUAGGUCACUUGCGGUUUAUUUCUUAUCUUAAUAUGCAGGCCUCUCUAUUCACUCCUCCCUCCCUCGCUCCCUCCCUCCAUCCAUCUAUCUUACCUUCUCUCUCCUCUUAUUCCCUUGAGGAUUUAGGUUCGUCCCCCCACCCAGAUACAUCUGGUGCACUGAAAAUCUAACAUUGGGCAAGGUAAAAACAUUGUGUACCCCUAAUUAUAAUAUUUGCUGGCAAAGCAUCAUUUGCAAGAAAGGAUCUUGAUUCCACCGAACCUGAUUCCGCUAAUUAUUUUUUUUUUAAAAAAAUUUGCUGUUCAGCUUUUGAAGGGAGGAUGAAAACAGCUGAUGGAGCUGGGAUUUCUAAAUAAUCACAGCAGCCUCUGGCCAAGAGGCAGUUAUUGCUGGGGAGGUAGCCGCACUGUGCAUGUGUUUUGCCAGCAGAAUUUUGGUCUUGCCCCAUUUAUUUGGGGCAUAUUCAUGAGAACAGGACAGCUGCCAUUAGCUUCUUUUUUCCUGGUUGGACAAAAGUUACUUUGGAGGGUAAUUUCGACACUCCUCUGACUCCCUUGCCUAGAUCUCAAACGGCACAUAUAUAUAUAUAUAUAUUUUGCCAGUUAACAAAUUUUUUAAAAGGCCCAUUUUGCAGCUGGAAUGUUUUAACCUCUGAUCUAUUGAGAAAAGCCCUUUAAGGGAAGCCUGGGAAGGAAGGAAGGAAGCUGUUGUUCCCCUGCCAGCUGAUCUCCGGAAUGGAGUUGGCCUUUCCCUGGGCUUGGCAGCCUGCUUUCCGAGUGGGGUUUGCUGAGUCAGAAGGCAUGCAGGAAAACAAGAGCAUUUCUUUUGGAGCCUGGCCAUUUUAUCCCUCUUCGGAUGCCGAAGGGAUGCUGCCGUCUGCCCCAAAGCCACAAAAAUCGACGUCACCGUGGCUCGGAGAGGCGGUUUGUUUUGAUGGAAGUUCUGGCUGCUCGGGCCUCCUUCCUUAUUUCGGUUAUUUCUGAACCGUUUUGUGUUUUUUGGGAAGCGUUGCAUGCGAGGCGCUUCUGGCUGGCGCCGGUUGCUGUCGUCUCGGUGGCCUUUUUUCUGUCACAUCCGCACGUUCUGAGGCAUUUCCUCUGACUUACGGCAGUCCAGGGUGCAGAUUCAGCUGUUAUAUAACCAGCGGAGCAAAUUUAGUUCCCUGGGAAUAAGCAAACAGCCACCCACGUUACAGGCGGGUGGGGGGGUGGGGGUCGGUUUGGAUCUCCUCUUCCAGGCUGUAUUUGGAUGGGUAGCUGCCCAGCAUGGCCUUCCUUCAAGUGAUCCUGGUCUACUCAUUAUAGGACCUGAAUCUCCUUUCCCGUGUUGGACCCCAGACCCUGAAAAAUUGUCCUAGUAAAUCAAAUCUCCGUCAAAAUUUAAAGGCUGUCCUGUUUCUCGGACCCUCUGCUCCCCCUUAAAUUGCACCCAAAUCUAGCUUUGGAAAGAGCGGCCGGAUUCCUCCCUUCCCAGUCAAUCUGAAAUGACGCUCCCGCCCCCUUUCGUUUUUGGUCUUUGGUUCUGGAGGCAUUUCUCUCAAAAGGAACCGAGGAAUAAUUUCAUGGAAAGGAAAAAAAAAAAAAACCCAGCUUCUGUAAGGAUGAAGGGAGGGAGGGAAGCAGAACAGGAAGUGUUGGAAGAAAUGCCCCCCUCCCCAAUUUGUAGAACCUCAAGCAGUCCUUGCGAGGUGGGCAAGUUAUCAGUCCAUACACUUAUGUGUUUGCGUUCGAAAUAACAGCUCUGGACAGCAGCCUAACUAAGUUGAACAGGAGGAACAUGGAUGCCUCCAAUUCUCUUUUGUUGCUCCUUAGCCUUGGCCCAAGUUGGCUCUUCUUCUCUGCUCCUCGCUUCUUUGACUUGCUGUUGCCCCUCCUGCUGCUGGCACCCUAGGGGCUGAAGACCCUUGGGGCCAAGGAAGAGGAGAAGAAACCUGGGCAGGGCUGAACGUCCAGGCCCCGUUCCCCUCCUGUGCAUAGAUGGCCUGCUCCCCCACCCCACCCCCUCACCUCCCUUGGCUGCCUUGCAAGCGAGGAAGGCUGCUAUAAGGAUCUUUGGCACUUGGCAACGGGGAGACCAAACCCCUUUGAGGCAUCUCUGUCUUCAGCAGCACCCAAGCUUAGAGAGAGAGAGGUUUCUCCUUCUCCCUCUCUGGGAAAAACCACAACCUUUAGACAAGGGGUCUAAAGAAGGACAGUGUGGCCGUUCUGGCUUGGGGCAUGGCACAUGGGCUCUGCCUCUCUCUCUCUCUCUCCCCACCUCAAAAACACCGGGGCUUGGAAUCAGCCACCGAGUGCUGGCGAAACUCUGGCAAGGAUAUGAAAUUUCUUCCCUCGCCUGGUUUUGAAGCCUCCUGGGGCCUGUUGAAUCUCCGGAGGUGGUCGGGGGACGGAGGAGUCCGAGGGAUGUUGUGUUUGUAUGUGGCUUUUUUUUUUCUCUCCCCCCCCCCGCCCCCCAACUUUCAUGGCUUCCUGCAGAUUCUUUGUUAAGUGCAAUUCCCCUUGUAAAUAACCCCCCUCGGAUUUUGUGCAUGGUUAUUCUGUAUUGUGGAUAUAUAAAGAUUGCCAAACCAAA